AUGUCACUGCAUAGCUAUUUAAAUGACGUUUAUGGACCAGGAACUCAAGAGAAGAAAAGGAAGAAGAAGGACAAGAAUAAAAACUCAAAGAAAGAGAGUAAAAGCUAUUUAAACAUAACAGAGAGUGCGCAAACCAUAUUCCCCAACAGUACCGCUGAAGCUAGUUAUGGAAUUAAAAAUAAGAAGAAAGGCGACAAGAAUAUCUGGAAAAACCUAGAUACUAAUGAAGUUGUGACCGAAAAUCAGGGUAUACAAAACCUCCCUACUGAGGGUCAGCUCUCUUCAGGUGCAUAUGCUGGCUUGCAGUCCGCUGAAGACAUCGAUAAGCAAAUCAAAAGAAAAGAAUUGCUGGAUGGAAAGAUGAGCUCUCGUCAAUAUGAGGGAUCCACGACUGUAUUUAGAGAUGAGAAGGGUAGGAAGGUUAACGAUUAUGGUAAUUAUAUGAAAAAGGAAAUACGAGAUGAAGAGCUGCGGGAAGCUGUGAAGAGGCAGGAAAUUGUACAAUUGAACAUGGGUGAAUUACAGCUUUAUAUGAAGAACGGUUCCAAAUCACAGCCAACGCAAGAUACGAAGAAGAAACAGUUGGAAUUUGAAGACCCUGCUUCUAUGUUCGAUCCAAAAUCGAAUACGAGGAAUGUGAAAAUGUCUGCUUUGGGUAGGCGGCUUUAUGAAAAGCUAUAUCCGAUGAAUAGGUUCGAAAUUACUCCAGGCUGGAGGUGGGAUGGAGUUGACAGAUCUAACGGGUUUGAAAAGAAAUGGUUCGCUAAGCAAAACGAGCUUGUUGAAAAAAAGGUUCAGGGUUACACAUUACAGGAGGAUUACUGA